AUGGAAGCCUACCUCUCCAAACGAGACUGCGUCGACAAGCUCCUGAAGAUCUCGCGAUACUCCGCCAAGAUCAUUCUCUCCUCCUCGAUCAUCCCAGAAACCUUAAUUCUAACCAACCGCCUCAGGAACUUUGGGUCUAGAGUAGGCCUCAACCAUAAGGCAUUUCACCUCGGGAAAUUCGUCCAGGACGUCACUUCCUCGGCUCCUCCCACUUCCACUCCCGACAGGAAUUGA